AUGUCAUCAUCUGUUAUUAUACGUGAGUCUAUAAAGAUUGGCCGUGUUCCCGCUCGGACCCAUCGGCAAAGAUUGGCCGUGUUCCCGCUCGGACCCAUCGGCAAAGAUUGGCCGUGUUCCCGCUCGGACCCAUCGGCAAAGAUUGGCCGUGUUCCCGCUCGGACCCAUCGGCAAAGAUUGGCCGUGUUCCCGCUCGGACCCAUCGGCAAAGAUUGGCCGUGUUCCCGCUCGGACCCAUCGGCAAGAUUGGCCGUGUUCCCGCUCGGACCCAUCGGCAAAGAUUGGCCGUGUUCCCGCUCAGUUGGCCCCGCUCGGACCCAUCGGCAAAGAUUGGCCGUGUCGGACCCAUCGGCAAAAAGAUUGGCCGUGUUCCCGCUCGGACCCAUCGGCAAAGAUUGGCCGUGUUCCCGCUCGGACCCAUCGGCAAAGAUUGGCCGUGUUCCCGCUCGGACCCAUCGGCAAAGAUUGGCCGUGUUCCCGCUCGGACCCAUCGGCAAAGAUUGGCCGUGUUCCCGCUCGGACCCAUCGGCAAAGAUUGGCCGUGUUCGCUCGGACCCAUCGGCAAAGAUUGGCCGUGUUCCCGCUCGGACCCAUCGGCAAAGAUUGGCCGCUCGGACCCAUCGGCAAAGAUUGGCCGUGUUCCCGCUCGGACCCAUCGGCAAAGAUUGGCCGUGUUCCCGCUCGGACCCAUCGGCAAAGAUUGGCCGUGUUCCCGCUCGGACCCAUCGGCAAGAUUGGCCCGUGUUCCCGCUCGGACCCAUCGGCAAAGAUUGGCCGUGUUCCCGCUCGGACCCAUCGGCAAAAGAUUGGCCGUGUUCUGCUCGGACCCAUCGGCAAAGAUUGGCCGUGUUCCCGCUCGAGUCUUCAUGCGUUUCUUUUGACGAUUGCCAAUUUUGCUGGUGUCUUAACUCCCUACAGUAG